AUGGCGGAUACCCCACGUAAUAUUGAGGACCGGGAUUUUACUUCACUUUUAAUAUCUUUAUACCACGAUCGUCCAGAGUUAUGGAAAAUCCAAUCAAAAGAUUAUUCCAACAAACACAAAAAAAGUCUUGCAGUGAAAAGUAUAGUAAAUGUAUUGAAAACUUAUAAAACUGAUUUUGAUGAAGAUAAAUACAAAAAGAAAAUCAAUGUUCUGCGAACAAAUUUCAAUAAAGAAUACCAAAAAAUUGAAAAAGCUAAGAGAUCAGGUGCAUCCAGUGAUGAUAUUCCAAAACCCACCUUAUGGUAUUUUAAUCAAUUUCUAUUCAUAAAAGACCAGCUAGAUGUAGUAGAGUUUGAAUCUUCUGAGCAAUCGCUAACAGAAGAAUCACCAACUGCUAACCUGACUUUGCCACUUUUAAAAAGACAAAAGAGAACCCCAGAUUCAACUCAGGCACUUACUGAUUUAGCCAUAGCAUAUUUGAAAAAGCCAUCAGAAAAUGAAUCUGAUGUAAUAGCUAAAGGCUGGGCUAUGAAAUUAAAGAGACUAAAGCCAGAUCAAAGGCGCUAUGCGGAAAAAAUCAUUAAUGAUACGCUCUUUGAAGCAGAAAUGGGCACAUUAACAAGACAUGGAGUCUGUUUUUUAUCAUCAUCGGCACCGACAGUAUCUCCUGCGCCUUCUAUCUCGCCUGCCCAA